UUGCUGCCAGGGUUUUCUCUGUGUACAAUUUUGGAAUUAUAUAAUAACACCAAAAUGGACAUCCCUGAUUUGAGCCAUGAUGAAGCGCAGAAAUUCAGGAGGGACAGUCGCACCAGAGAGAUAGACCUCAUCAACAGAGAUCCCAACCAAAUCAACCAGGAUGUAGUCAAGGUGGAGUUUGAGGAUGUGAUUGCUGAGCCCUAUGGCACUCACAGUUUGGACGGUGUGUGGAAGGCCAGCUACACCACAUUCACAGUGACCAAAUACUGGUGCUAUCGCCUCCUCACCGCUCUCCUGGGUGUGCCUCUGUCCCUGCUGUGGGGGGCGCUCUUCGCCUUCCUGUCCUUCUUCCACAUCUGGGCAGUGGUCCCCUGCACCAGGAGCUGCCUCAUAGAGUUCCAGUGUUUGGGGCAGAUGUACUCUCUGGUGUUGCACACGUUUUUAGACCCGCUUUUUGAGGCACUGGGAAAGAUAUUCAGCAAAGUCAAAGUGGCAUUACGCAAAGAGGUGUAAAAAUUUCAUUAAUGGACAUUUCUGUAAUAGACAAAGGCAUAUGUUAUGAGUGACAUUUUUAAUUCAAGCUGUAUAAUGUGUGUUCUUGUUUGAGGGGCAAAGGGGGACACAACAAAAUGUAAUGUCAUUUUGAACUUAUUUGACUACUGUUACAUUACAUCACAUGUUUAAAGAAAAUACAUGUGUUUGUUAUUAAAAAUCAGUUUAGUCAAAUAUUUUAAAUCUACAAGGAAGUUUAUAUCCCACAUAUACAUACACAUAUAUAGCUACACAAAUAUAACAUAACAGUCUAAUGGUUA